CAAAUGACAUUUUUAUAUAUAAAAAGGUUAUGAACUUUGUACAAUAAGUUACACUACUAAGAAAAUGAUAAGCAAAUUAUCAUAAAGUAUGGCGCCUGAAAGAAUGAAUGAUAAUAAUGGGAAUCAAUUAAAAAAUGUACCUAACAUCAUAACAAGUUUACCAAAUGCAUUAUCACAAUUUCCUGUUUCAAAUAUUCAAUCGGGAAAUCCUCCACCUGUACCUCCACGUCAACCAGUUCAAAAUUAUUAUGGAUUUAAUGAUAGAUUGUUUGGACCAAAUUAUUAUAAUGGAUAUGGUUUGAAUUACAAUAAUCAAUAUAGAGGAUUUAAUGGAAGUUCAUAUAAUCCAAUAUAUUCUAAUUAUAAUAAUUAUGGAAUAUUUGGUGGACAUAGUACUGAUGCUGAAAAUAGAUUUUUUCAUUAUGUUGAAGAAAAUACUAGACCAACAUUCCAUUUAAUCGAAACAAUUCUUCAUACAUUUUCAUCUAUGACAAUGCUUUUAGAAUCUACAUAUUUUGCUUUAACAAAUUCAUUUAGAGCAAUUUUAAAUGUUGCAGAAAAUAUUGAAAAAUUACGAUCAACUUUAAAUCAGUUAUUUAGCACAUUUGCUUUAAUUAAAUUUUUAAAAUGGUUAUAUAAAAAGAUUAUAUAUACUAUUGGUUCUAAAAAUCAAGAUUUAAUAAAUGAAGAAUUAUGGAGUAAAUCAUUAACAAAAAUUGAAGGUGAAAAUGUUCAUAAUUCUUCUUUUUGGUCUGGAUUUAUAAUAUUUAAUAUAUUUUUUGUAGUACCAUAUAUAAUUCAUAAAAUUUCAUAUAAUAUUAAAAACAUGCAAAUGAAAGGAAAAGAUCCAAAAGAAUGGCAUCAGAUUGAGGAACCUGCAUAUAUUGCAACAGUGCUACAUGAUUUUAUUGCAGCCAAUAACAAUGAACUCAAUAUAAAAGCUGGUCAAAAAGUUUAUCUUGCGCCUAGAAAUCUACAACCAAAAAAUUUACCAGGAUGGUGUAAAGUCAGUGAUAGUGUAAAUAUUGGUCUUAUUCCUUACAAUUACAUUAAAGUUAUAGGACAAUUGAAGAAAGUGAAAAAAAAUAAUGAAGUAAUCCAUCUAAAUGAAGAAAAAUCUUUAAUAAAUGAAAACUAUAAUAAUACUGAUUCAAAAACUAUUAAAAAUAAUAAAAAUAUUGAAAAUGAAGCAUAG